AUGGAAGACAUGGCCAUGUGUACAGUGUUGCCGCCUCAGACUUGUGUCCUGUGUGAAACUGGACUGGACAACCCCCCCCCCCAUUUCUCAUAUCCUCAUUCCUAUCAUAUUCAGUAUCAUGUAAACAUUCAAGACCCUCAACAUUUCUCAUAUCCUCAUUCCCAUCAUAUUCAGUAUCAUGUAAACAUUCAAGACCCUCAACAUUUCUCAUAUCCUCAUUCCCAUCAUAUUCAGUAUCAUGUAAACAUUCAAGACCCUCAACAUUUCUCAUAUCCUCAUUCCCAUCAUAUUCAGUAUCAUGUAAACAUUCAAGACCCUCAACAUUUCUCAUAUCCUCAUUCCCAUCAUAUUCACUAUCAUGUAGACAUUCAAGAUCCUCAACAUUUCUCAUAUCCUCAUUCCCAUCAUAUUCAGUAUCAUGUAAACAUUCAAGAUCCUCAACAUUUCUCAUAUCCUCAUUCCCAUCAUAUUCAGUAUCAUGUAAACAUUCAAGACCCUCAACAUUUCUCAUAUCCUCAUUCCCAUCAUAUUCAGUAUCAUGUAAACAUUCAAGACCCUCAACAUUUCUCAUAUCCUCAUUCCCAUCAUAUUCACUAUCAUGUAGACAUUCAAGAUCCUCAACAUUUCUCAUAUCCUCAUUCCCAUCAUAUUCACUAUCAUGUAGACAUUCAAGAUCCUCAACAUUUCUCAUAUCCUCAUUCCCAUCAUAUUCAGUAUCAUGUAAACAUUCAAGACCCUCAACAUUUCUCAUAUCCUCAUUCCCAUCAUAUUCACUAUCAUGUAGACAUUCAAGACCCUCAACAUUUCUCAUAUCCUCAUUCCCAUCAUAUUCAGUAUCAUGUAAACAUUCAAGAUCCUCAACAUUUCUCAUAUCCCCAUUCCCAUCAUAUUCAGUAUCAUGUAAACAUUCAAGAUCCUCAACAUUUCUCAUAUCCCCAUUCCCAUCAUAUUCAGUAUCAUGUAAACAUUCAAGAUCCUCAACAUUUCUCAAGAUAUCCUCAUUCCCAUCAUAUUCAGUAUCAUGUAAACAUUCAAGAUCCUCAACAUUUCUCAUAUCCCCAUUCCCAUCAUAUUCAGUAUCAUGUAAACAUUCAAGAUCCUCAAGUAUCAUGUUCUGUCAGCUGUACCUGGAAGGUUCUGUCAGCUGAACUGGAAGGUUCUGUCAGCUGUACCUGGAAGGUUCUGUCAGCUGUACCUGGAAGGUUCUGUCAGCUGUACCUGGAAGGUUCUGUCAGCUGGAACUGGAAGGUUCUGUCAGCUGUACCUGGAAGGUUCUGUCUGCUGGAACUGGAAGGUUCUGUCUGCUGGAACUGGAAGGUUCUGUCUGCAGGAACUGGAAGGUUCUGUCAGCUGAACUGGAAGGUUCUGGGUCAGCUGUACCUGGAAGGUUCUGUCUGCUGGAACUGGAAGGUUCUGUCAGCUGGAACUGGAAGGUUCUGUCUGCUGGAACUGGAAGGUUCUGUCUGCUGGAACUGGAAGGUUCUGUCAGCUGGAACUGGAAGGUUCUGUCAGCUGGAACUGGAAGGUUCUGUCAGCUGGACCUGGAAGGUUCUGUCAGCUGGACCUGGAAGGUUCUGUCAGCUGGACCUGGAAGGUUCUGUCAGCUGGAACUGGAAGGUUCUGUCAGCUGGAACUGGAAGGUUCUGUCUGCUGGAACUGGAAGGUUCUGUCUGCUGGAACUGGAAGGUUCUGUCAGCUGGACCUGGAAGGUUCUGUCAGCUGGACCUGGAAGGUAUAGUAUUUUCCACGCUGGUGUUUGGCCCAGCCUGUGGAUUCAUAUUAGGAUCCCUCUGCACCAAAGUCUAUGUGGACGCUGUCUUCAUCGACACAAGUAAGCUGGACAUCGGCCCUGACGACCCCAGGUGGAUUGGUGCGUGGUGGGGUGGCUUCUUGCUCUGCGGUGCCUUACUCUUCAUCUCCUCCCUCUUCAUGUUCGGCUUCCCCCAGUCCCUGAAUGAGCAGGAUGUGGACAUUGGGGGGGAGAGUGAACAGGCCAUGUUGCCCCCCUCCCUGUCCAGGGAUUACGAGGGGAACAAGCCCACUAAUGGGGUGAUUCAUGGCUUCCAGGCCAAUAGUGGACUGACCUGCUGCGAGCACAUGAGAGUCAUCCCCAAGGUGACCAAGCACCUCCUGUCCAACCCUGUGUUUACCUGCAUCUCUCUGGCAGCCUGUAUGGAGAUCGCUGUGGUUGCAGGCUUCGCCACCUUCCUAGGGAAGUACAUGGAACAGCAGUUCAACCUCACCACUUCCUCAGCCAAUCAGCUGCUAGGUAUGACAGCCAUUCCGUGUGCGUGUCUGGGUAUCUUCCUGGGUGGUCUCUUGGUGAAGAAGUUAGACCUGUCAGCGUUAGGGGCCAUCCGUAUGGCCAUGGGGGUCAACCUCGUCUCCACCGCCUGUUACGCCUUCCUCUUCCUCGGCUGUGACACCGGCCCUGUCGCCUGGGUCCUUAGUUAUGCGGAACCCAAGGAACGUGAUGUUCUAGGCCCGCUCCACUACAGCCCCGUCGAUGUGAAUGGGGACAUGUUCGGCCCUCCGUUUCGUGUAGUCCACAAUGAGCACCUUUGUCUUGCCCUCGUUGAGACCCUGCGGUCAUGGCAGAGACCGGAGCAUUCCUGCAUCAACAACUGUAACUGCUACACAGCCUCAGUGAGCCCUGUGUGUGGCUCCAACGGGAUCACCUACCUCUCUGCCUGCUUCGCCGGCUGCCUCACACCUAACCUGACCAGCUGUAUGUGUAUCAGCAGUAAGGAGGAGGAGUCGGUGGCGUUGCCGGGGAAAUGUCCCAGUCCAGGCUGCCGACAGGCCUUUAUCACCUUCCUUUGUGUCAUCUGUGUGUGCAGCAUGAUCGGAGCCAUGGCCCAGACACCCUCCGUCGUCAUACUUAUCAGAACAGUGAGCCCUGAGCUAAAAUCCUACGCUCUUGGAGUUCUGUUUCUGGGCCUGAGACUACUAGGUUUCAUCCCUCCCCCUCUGAUCUUCGGCAUGGGCAUCGACUCCACCUGCCUGUUCUGGUCCACAGUCUGUGGAGACAAGGGAGCCUGCAUGCUGUACGACAACGUGGCCUAUCGACACCUCUACGUGAGUAUCGCCAUCGCUCUCAAGUCCACCGCCUUCAUCCUUUACACCACCACUUGGCAGUGUCUCCGGACCAACUAUAAGAAAUACAUUAAGAACCGUGAAGGCUACCUGAGUCCCACCCAGCUGUUUGCCUCCAACGUGACUCUGGACAACCUGGGCAAGGAGAUCACCCAGAACCCAGGCAACCGGACAACGUUUAUAUAUAACCUGGAGGAACCAGGGAUGAGUUAUAACAUGGAGUCUGUUUUAUAG